AUGUCUUCUCCAGAGAGUAACCCCAAGCCGGAUGGCAAGGCUUUCGAUGACUUCUUCGACAGCAUCGGGUCGAAGGCUGAGCAAGUAAACUCCUCCAAGGCCAAGGAUGCGACAGAUGCGACUCCCGCCGUGGAAGAGGAAGAGGACCAGAAGGUUGUGGACGAGAUCGAGAGUCUGUGCAUGAACUGCCACGCAAAUGGUAUCACUCGACUUCUCCUCACUCGAAUCCCUUUCUUCCGCGAAAUCAUCAUUAUGUCCUUCAACUGCCCGCACUGCAGUUUCAAAAACUCCGAGAUUCAGUCCGCCGGCGAAAUUCAACAGAAGGGUAUCCACUGCGAGUUGCGACUCACUUCCCUGGCAGACUUUGCCCGUCAAGUUGUCAAGAGCGAUACGUGCGUGGUGAAGUUUAUCGAGUUGGACGUCGAGGUACCCGCCGGCCGCGGACAACUCAGCAACGUUGAGGGAUUGUUAAGCAUGAUUUUGGAAGAUCUGGAGGUUGGCCAGAAGGCAAGAAAAGAGCAACAGCCAGAGGUCUAUACCGCUGUCGAGGCGAUUCUUGUCAAGGGACGAAAGAUGCUGGACGGGGUGGCAUUCCCCUUCCGCGUCUCUCUGGAUGACCCCUCCGGGAAUUCAUUGAUUGAGCCAGAUCAAACAGAUGGUGUUGGAAAACUGCUACGCACAGAGUAUCCUAGAACGCCAGAGCAGAAUGAGGCGCUUGGUUUGGGUGAUGGUUCCAAUGAGGAGAAUAAUGCGGCCGGGGGUGCAGCUGCCGCAAUGGAAGAUGAUGAUAUUAUCCCCAACGAGGUCUACUCUUUCCCAGCAACAUGUCCUGGGUGCACCAAGCAUUGCACUACCCACAUGAAGAUGGUGGAAAUUCCCCAUUUCAAGCAAGUUGUUAUCAUGUCGACUGUCUGCGACCUAUGCGGCUAUCGCUCCAACGAAGUUAAGACCGGCGGUGAAGUUCCAGAGAAGGGAAAGAAAAUCACGCUGAAGGUUGAGAGCGAGAUUGACCUGGCCAGAGACAUUCUGAAGUCUGAGUCUUGCGCCCUUGAAUGCCCGGAGCUCAAGUUAUCCGUCAACCCCGGAACGCUCGGAGGACGAUUCACAACGGUUGAGGGCCUUCUGACACAGAUCCGCGACGACCUUAAGAAUCAGAUCUUUGAUGUCGGCGACGCUGGGGGGGAUUCAUUGCAAACUACCCAGCAAGAGAGCUGGACUAAGUUCUUUGAUGGCAUCGACGCUGCAAUCAAGGGCGAAGUAAAGUUCACAGUUAUCCUGAGCGAUCCUCUCGCAAGCAGCUACGUCCAGAAUCUCUGCAGCCCCGAUGAUGAUCCUCAGAUUACCUCGGAGGAGUACGAAAGGACUGCGGAGGAGGAAGAGGACUUGGGAUUGAAUGAUAUCAAGACAGAGGGUUAUGAGGAGGGACAUGCCGCAGAUGUUAAGGCUGAGCAGGAUAGAAAGGAUGAGGAGGCCAAGAGUGCAUAG